AUGACAAGAUUCACGCUCAGAGCUGAACCACCAUGUAGAGAAUAUUGGAAACACUGUAAACAUUGGAGAUACUGGAAGGUCCAACACACAGAGAGGCAGAUUCAGGAUCAGUUCAAGAAGCUUCACCAGUUUCUAAUGAAGGAAGAGGAGGCCAGGAUGGCUGCACUGAGGGAGGAAGAGGAGCAGAAGACUGGGAUGAUGAAGGAGAAGAUGGAGGCUCUGAGCAGAGAGAUAGCAGAUCUUUCAGACACAGUCAGAGCCACAGAGGAGCAGCUGAGAGCUGAAGACGUCUCAUUCCUGCUCAACUACAAGGCUGCAGUGGAAAGAGUCCAGCGCUGCCCCCUGCUGGAGGAUCCACAGCUGCACUCAGGAGCUCUGAUAGACCAGGCCAAACAUCUGGGCAACCUGAGCUUCAACAUCUGGAACAACAUGAAGGACAUGGUCUCCUACACUCCUCUCAUUCUGGACCCAAACACUGCUGGUCCAGAACUCAUCCUGUCUGAAGAGCUGACCAGUGUGAGAGGAGGAGUUAAACAGCAGCUUCCUGAUAAUCCAGAGAGGUUUAAAGAUCUCUUCUCAGUCCUGAGCUCUGAGGGCUUCAACUCAGGGACUCACAGCUGGGACAUCGAGGUUGGAGACAGUUCAGGCUGGUCACUGGGUGUUUCAGCAGAAUCUGUCCAGAGGAAAGGAAACAUUCGACCUGCAUUAUGGAUAAUAUUGUUCUAUAAGGAUGAAUACAAAGCAUUCUCUCCAUCACGUCUCCCCACUGUUCUCCCAGUGCAGAAGAAGCUCCAGAGGAUCAGAGUGAAUCUGGACUGGAACAAAGGAAAACUGUCCUUCUCUGAUCCUGAUACUAACACACACAUACACACCUUCAUACACACUUUCACUGAGAGGAUGUUUCCAUUUUUUUUUCAUUAGUUUAUCUCAUCCACUAAAGAUUCUACCAGUGAAGGUGUGUGUGACUGUAGAACAACACUAACAGAUGAUGAUGAUCUCUGUCACUAACAUGCAAACUCUCCAAAAGCCACAGACAAGGAGAAGAUUCCACAACAGGACUUUGUGAACUCUGAACACAAACACAGAAAACAGCAACAGACUUUGGACUGACAUCAAGAAAACAGUCUUUGUAUCCGUACAUCUUUCUCAGUCAGUGUAUUGUUUGACAUGACUAUGUUGUCAUCAGAAUAAUCAUCAGUUCAUCAUCAGAUUCUGAAGACAAAGAUCAAUAUUACUGUAGAAACAUUUAAUGACUUUGAUCAUCAGAUCAGUUCUGAAUAUGUUCUAUUCAUUAACUGAUAGUAAAUUAGCUUUGAUAGUUAACUACAUAUAUUACUGAAUGACAGUUUAAACUGAUUUCUGUUUGACUCCAUUUCUUUGUUUUAUUUACAUGUCAGCUAAUAUUCAACUUUGAGUCACAUUUUACUUUUUUUCUUUGAAAUUUAGUCAUGAUGAAUAAUGUGUUUUGUGUGUCUUUUCAUGUGUUUGCACAUGUCUUGACAAAAUUCAGUGUUGGAGGAAAUCAUACAUGAGUUUUAUAUAUUUCUCUUAGGAGGACAGAAAUACUUUAGUCCUUUUGUCCCUUUUCUUUCUAUUUUACUUUGAAUUUGUUAAAUGCUUUGAUAUUGAGCAUUUUGGUUGAAGGUGUCUGUUUAGUUCCUGGGGAUUCUUCCAUGAUGUUUGGUGGCAGCUUCUUGUAGUUUGCAGCUUUUAAUCUUGAAGUGACAGAGAACCUGAGUAGAGCUUUAUGCUCAGGAUCACAUGUGAGGCUGUCUGGGAGUAACUGCAUAGCAGCGACUUUCUGGACCAACCUGUGUCCAGUAAAUCCAUUAUUGAUGUUAUUGCUGCUCAGAAUGUUGAAUCCAGAAUAAUCUUGACUGUCUCCCUCUUGAAGAAGCUUCUUCCAGGUAAAAGCUUGCAGAUGUCUGAAGUUGGAUGAAGCUGAGGUUUGGGAGGAGUUUCCAUGUCAGUGAUUGGUUGGAGUUGUACCUUGUUUGGUUUUGUUCUUUUGGUCUUUGGCUUAAUUUCUUUGUAAGAUCUGUAAAAUAAACU